AUGGGUUCAAGAAGGGUAACAGAUUAUGAUAUAUUGCGCAAAUAUUAUACAUUUCUAAAUGAUGAGAAAGACAACACUUGGGAAUCAAAUCUAGUAUCGUCAUAUCACGAAUCUCUCUUUAAAGAGUAUGCAGUAUGCGAUUUGUCCAGAUAUGAAUCAGGAAAUAUUGGACUAAGAUGGAGAAGCGCCCAUGAAGUCGUGAGCGGAAAGUGUGAGAAGAUUUGUGCAAACACAAUAUGUAAUGAGAAUGCUAACCUGAAAAGCUAUGAGGUCUUAUUCAAUUACAAAGAACAUGAUACAUCAAAACAAGCUCUUGUAAAGGUUCGUGUGUGUAAAAGCUGCUCAAAAUUGUUGAAUUAUAAAAAAGAAUUCAAAACAAUCGCGGAAUCAUCCACCAAGAAAGAUCGCUCUAACUCAGAUUCAUCAAAGGGAUCCAGCCAUAAAAAAGUGAAAAAGGAGAGUAAGAAAAGAAGAUAA